ACUAUCCAUUAUGCCUGGACUUUAUGUUUAUGGGAACGCUCUAAUCCCAAUUUCUUGCUAACUGACGAUCUGGCCGAGUACCCUGAAAAGAAAAUUUUAGCAAUGUUUUCAUAUGCUUUUUCUUCCUGCCAGGUCGUCUAG